AUGAGAUUCUUCACCUACUUCUUCUUGGCCUACGUUGCAGUUCUUGCCGUUUGCGCAUCAGAUUACAACUCAAUCAAACAAAAAGUUGAUGCAAUUCAUUCCGAAUGUCAAGGACUUGGCAAUAUUCCAACUGGCGGAAUUACAAUCUCGGGAGGUGCAAUCAUUCAUGCCGAUCUUCAAGGAGUUAUUAACGUUAUCGUAGAGGCAAAAGCUGAAAUUGUAGCAUUUGUUGGUGUUCUUACCGUUGUUGAAGUUCAAGCAAUCGUGGCCGUUCUUGCAGAGAUUGAAGUCUUGUUGAGCGUUUGCGUCAACUUACUUCUUACACUCGAAGUUGGUUUAGAUAUUCUAGGUUUGGGCGGUCAAUGCGGUCAAGAUUUGUUGGACCUCAAUAUUUCCGUUCAAGCAUUCAUUGAAGCAUUCUUGGGUAUCAUUCCUUCUGGUUGCCAUAGCUGUCAAAGUAGCGCAUGGAACGUUUGCAACCAACUUGGAAACACUUGCACAAGCGGCUGUCAUGGAUACGGUUAUUGCUGA